CACAAACAUAAAAACCCACAAACUGAACUGAAGACGUUGAACUCUCCAGUCUCCAGUACUACUUUCAAACACUUUAUCCAUCUGGGUCUGCCACUAACUACCAGUUUGGCCAUUUUGUGGAAAGUUUAAACCGAUCAAAUGGAUGUGUUUUCUCAAUUUUCUGACCCACUCCCAUGUGGGUCAUCAUCAUUCUGGUCGAAUGACCGGCCGGAAUCCUCCUCCUCCGGCGGGGGCGCUGCCCGGCCGGCGAACUUCUCUGACGAGGAGGAGGUGAUGCUGGCCUCCAGCCACCCGAAGAAACGGGCCGGGAGGAAGAAGUUCCGGGAGACUCGGCACCCCGUGUACCGCGGCGUGAGGCGGCGGAACUCGGGCAAGUGGGUCUGCGAGGUGAGGGAGCCCAACAAGAAGUCGAGGAUAUGGCUGGGGACGUUCCACACGGCGGAGAUGGCGGCGAGGGCCCACGACGUGGCAGCCAUCGCUUUGAGGGGCCGGUCGGCCUGCCUCAACUUCGCGGACUCGGCUUGGAAGCUACCGAUUCCCGCAUCGUCGGACGCGAAGGACAUUCAGAAGGCCGCGGCGGAGGCAGCCCGGGAGGAGUUUCUGCGGGGCUCGGUGUCGGAGGCGAUCUCCGGGGAAGCGGAAGUGGCGGAGGGACUCGAGGGAGUGUUUUUUAUGGACGAGGAGGCGGUUUUUGGGAUGCCAAGAUUGCUUGCCAGCAUGGCGGAAGGGUUGAUGUUGCCUCCACCUCAUCACUCUUCUUAUGGUGGCGAUGACAUGGAACUUGAUGCUGACGUGUCCCUUUGGAGUUAUUCAAUUUGAUACUAGUAUUAUAAUUAUAUUGAGUGAUUCUGGAAUUUUUUUUUUUUCGGUUAUAAGGACUUAGGAGAGAUGUUUGAAAACCGUACUUUUUAUAUUAUUGGAGUAACAAAAAGUAAAAA